UAUAUUUUGUUGUUGUAUUAUUAAUACUAUCUAUUAUAAACACAAAUAGUAUAUAUUCUCAUCUCUCACCAUUCCUUUCUAUCAUUAUUGUUAUUAUUAUUGUUAUUUUUCUCUCUUCUUUUAUUCUCUUUCUCUCCAAAAACAUACAGAAAUUAACACAAGAAAAUGGAAGCAUCACAAUUUUUGAGAUUUUAUCAUAUAGAUGAAGAUCACAAGUUCAUGAAUAACAUGAUGGGAGAAAAUCAUCAUCAUCAUCAUGAUGGUAAGUAUGAUCAUCAUGAUGAUACAUACAUCAGUGAAUCAUCAAGUUCAUCCUCCUUUGAAGACUCAAACAACUCUAAGGAAUCAUCUUCAUCGGAUUUGCUUGAUGAUGCAUCAUCAACAUCAUCAUCACCAUCAUCACCAAAUGGACCCUUGUAUGAAUUAUCCGACCUCAUGAACCAACUUCCCAUCAAUUUUUUCAGGAGAGGAUUAUCAAAGUUUUACCAAGGGAAAUCACAAUCAUUUACGUCACUAGCAAAAGUGGCAAGCUUAGAAGACCUUGCAAAGAAAGAUACUCCUUAUCAAAGAAGAUUAAAAGCAUGUAAAAGUUAUGGAGGUGGUUUAAAUAAUUAUAAAUCAUAUACUCUACCAAAAUCUGGCAUAUCAAAGAAAAAUUCAAAGGGUUCUUUAUCAAAUUUAUCGUGUUUAACUAGGAAAGGUAGUUUUUGUAGACCUCCUCUAAGUCCUGUACAAAGUACCUUUUAAUUUCGUUUUAACUUUUAAUUUCAAAAUUACUUAUGAAUUAAGUUAUGAUACAUAUAGAAUUGGAGCCGAGUUUAUGUGUUUGAUCGAUGAACAUAGAUACAGUGUUCAAAUAUACUUUGUAUAAUACGUUACAUUAUUUAUUCAAAUUAAUUGAGGUUAUCAAAGGCGAAUUGGUUGGUUUAUGAA